UCACUAGCAGACUGAUUCGUCUAGCUCUCUUCUGGCCACUGGCCCAUCCGAAGCAUUUCCGGCACAUUACUACAAUUUUUUAAUGGAUAAACAGCUGUCAAAUUCGAUUUAUAUUACUUAAAAGUGACAAGUUUAAAUUCCCAAAAUGUGUUCGCAGAGUUCUGUAUUUUCUAUGUGAUUUAGUUAUAUUAGUAUUUUGUUAAAUGUGCUUCGAUAGUGAUUUUUGGAAGUUGAUGGUCACAUUCGACAAGGAUAAAAUUCAACUCUUUGUGUUUAAAGGCAGCACAAUUACCAGCACAAGCACUUCAGAUCACAUCCCAGCUUCAGCAAAAGCUGCAGCAACGCUAUGCGUUCCACUCUAGUCACCUUACUUCUAGCUGUAGCAAUUGCGCUUAUUUUGUUAUGUGACUUGUCCUUAGCUGGCAAAUGGGUUUGUAGACCUUGUGAUAGUCAAGCUGAAUGUGAUGAAGACCCACCAGAAUACUGUGUAUGGGGUGAAGUGAGAGACGCUUGCAACCGACGAAUGUGUGCCAAGGGUCCCGGCGAAAGGUGUGGAGGAACUUUAAACAUUUUGGGACAAUGCGGUGAAGGCCUGAUGUGUAAAUCGGAUGAAAUAUGCCACGGUUGCUCCAUUCAGACCAUGAAGUGCUACAACGACUAAACUUAUUCUAUGUGAUCUCAACAUUCCAAGAAUCAGUAUUACAAUCUUCAUUUUAAAUAUUUAAAAAGAUAGACACUACCAGAACAAAUAUUUUUAAUGAUGUGAUUUUUACCUGUAUGUAGAUAUAACUGUAUUUAUUUUUUCUAUAACCUCUGAACCUUUU